GCUCAGGGGAGGCAGAUUUGCUCGCUUAUGCGCAUGCGCAGAAAACUUCAUUCCGUUAGCUGUCAAAGCAGAACGUUCCUACUUUGUUUUCCAUGGAGCUAACUUAGGGAAGAGGGGAAACUACGGAAACCUGUCCAGAGUUUUAAGGAGAGGAAAUACUACAAAUGUUUUAAGGUUUGAGUGAAGAAACAUGUCUUUAGCGAACUUUAUAGGGGAUAUUCUUUCUUUGACAACGACAAGGACCGACGUUACUUUCUUUACCCUGAAGUGCUAACGGCUGGUCCUGCCUUGGAAAAAGCAGCAGCAGCCCUGUUCGCGUGUACUAUGUUUUAAGUUUUUUUAUGUUUUCACUUCAUAAAUACUUCAUAACACCGAGUAACAUUAAAAUAUGGUAGUUUCGCUGUCGAGUGGCGUUGACUAGAAAGGGAGGAAAACAGGAAAAUUGGAGCUGGACAGGUAGCAGCCCUCGUUGCGAUGGGCAACCGUGGGAUGGAGGACCUGAUCCCGCUGGUCAACCGCCUCCAGGAAGCUCUGAGCACCGUGGGGCAGAGCUGCAGCCUCCACCUGCCGCAGAUCGCCGUGGUGGGCGGCCAGAGCGCGGGUAAAAGCUCUGUCCUGGAAAACUUUGUUGGCAGAGACUUCCUUCCACGGGGUUCAGGAAUUGUCACACGGAGACCGUUAAUCCUUCAGCUCCUAAACUCAAGCGCAGAAUACGGGGAAUUCUUCCACUGCAAGGGAAGGAAGUUCACAGAUUUCGGUGAUAUCCGCAGGGAAAUUGAGUCAGAGACACGCAGGCUCACAGGAUCAAAUAAAGGCAUCUCUCCUGUUCCCAUCACCCUCAAGAUUUACUCACCUCAUGUGCUGAACCUGACUCUCGUGGACUUGCCUGGCAUCACCAAAGUACCUGUGGGAGACCAGCCGGCAGACAUAGAGUACCAGAUACGAGACAUAAUCAUGCAGUACAUCUGUAAGGAAAACUGUCUUAUUCUGGCUGUCACGCCCGCUAACACUGACCUGGCCAACUCAGAUGCGCUUAAGCUGGCCAAAGACGUUGACCCGCAAGGUCAGCGGACAAUUGGUGUAAUCACAAAACUGGAUCUGAUGGAUAAAGGAACUGAUGCCAAGGAAAUACUAGAAAACCGGUUGCUCCCCUUACGCAGAGGUUAUAUAGGAAUUGUGAACCGCAGCCAGAAGGACAUUGAUGGGAACAAGGACAUCAUGGCAGCCCUGGAAUCAGAGAGAGAUUUCUUCCUUUCCCAUCCAGCCUACAAACACAUAGCUGAACGCAUGGGGACCCCAUAUUUACAAAGAAUACUUAACCAGCAACUGACAAACCACAUCAGGGAAGCGCUGCCGGGCUUUCGUAGCCACCUACAGAGCCAGCUUCUGGCCUUGAAUAAAAAGGCUGAAGAAUACAGGACGUUCAGUCCGGACGAUGCUUCACGCAGGACCAAGACACUGCUACAGUUGGUUCAGCGCUUGGCUGUUGACUUUGAGAAGCUAAUCGAAGGGUCCGGUGACAAAGUGGACACAGUGACGCUCUCUGGAGGGGCUAGGAUCAACCAAAUCUUCCACGAACGCUUCCCCAACGAGCUGGUCAAGAUUGAGUCUGACGAGAGGAAACUCCGCCAGGAGAUCAACUAUGCCAUACGAAACAUACAUGGAGUCAGGACAGGCUUGUUUACACCUGACAUGGCAUUUGAAGCUAUAGUAAAGAAACAGAUAACAAGUCUUAAAGGGCCAUGCAUUAAAUUCAUUGACAUGGUCAGUCAGGAACUGAUUACGACUGUUUACCAGUGUAUUAGCAAGCUCAGCGCUUUUCCCCAACUGCGAGAAGAGACGGAGAGGAUUAUAAUCACUGAAAUCCGAGAGCAGGAAAAUAAAUGCAGAGACCAGGUCUUGUUGCUUAUUGACAUCCAGCUUGCCUACAUAAACACCAAACAUGAAGACUUUAUUGGCUUCACUAACUCCCAGCAAGUGAACAGCCAAAGCAAUAUGAACUCGUCAGUACAGAUUGCAAGGAACCAGGGUGUGGUGUUUCGCUCAAAUCGAAUAGUCAUACAAAAGGGCUGGCUCACCAUCAGUAACAUUGGCAUAAUGAAAGGUGGAGCCAAGGAGUUUUGGUUCAUCCUCUCUACAGAGAGCCUGUCCUGGUACAAAGAUGGAGAGGAGAAGGAGAAGAAGUACAUGCUUCCUCUGGACAACUUAAAACUCAGAGAUGUGGAAAAGGGCUUCAUGUCCAGCAAAUUUGUUUUUGCUAUCUUCAACACGGAGUUAAGAAACGUGUACAAGGACUACAAAUGCUUGGAGUUGGCCUGUAACUCUCAGGAGGAGCUGGACAGCUGGAAGGCAUCUCUGCUGCGGGCCGGAGUCUACCCCGAGAGAGACGCCGUAGAGAAGCAGGAAAACGGAGCUCAGAACUUCACAGAUCCUCAGCUGGAGAGGCAGGUGGAGACCAUCCGUAACCUGGUUGACUCCUACAUGAGCAUCAUCUAUAAGACCGUGAGGGAUCUGAUGCCAAAGACCAUUAUGCACCUCAUGAUCAAUAGUGUAAAGGAGUUCAUUAGCUCCGAGCUCCUGGCUCAGCUCUACGCUCUGGGGGAAAGCUCGGCUCUGAUGGAUGAGUCACCGGAGCAGAAGCAACACCGCGAGGAAGUGCUCCGUAAACACUCUGCCCUGAAGGAGGCGCUCACCGUCAUCGGAGAGAUCUCCACCUCUACCUUCACCACCCCGCUUCCUCCACCUGUAGACUCUUCCUGGAUACAGCACCAAAGCUCAACACAACCUAAAACCUCGGCGACCGCUGGCGGGCCGGUGAUCCGGGGCCACGCUCCGCCUGUUCCUCGUGUAGAUCCCUCCGGACCCAACUCUUCCUCUGACGGUCUCCAGCAGCUCACCGGUCAACAUAACCGCGUCACAACCAGUGUGCCAAGGAGGCAACCCCCAGCAAUCCCAGGUGUGAAAUAGGUCGGUUCCACAGAGCUUCCUUCCAGCUCUCGUUGACCACUACCAAGAAACGCCCAUGACCUGCAUGAUGUACAAUCCGGCUGAAGCACUUUCCUGGGCUUCUCUCCUUGUCCACUGGGAACUGAUGUCUGCAAAAUUCAGUCCGUCCUGAGCCUGUUUUGUAUAUGAUGUGUCUGCCUAUUAAAAGCUGGAAUGUGUGUGGCUGUCUGCUGAUUUUUCUCAAGUGCCUCAACUAUGUAUUAUUCGAAAAAUAUGCUUGAAAUUAUUCAAAUACAAAUACAAAUGUAUUGUUCUCACUUCUAUUGUUUGUGAAUAAAAAUGUGUUUAUUUUCUAUAUGUUUUGUUGCUUGAAAACCCCCCAGGAGGGAUAAUAUAUAUAUAUAUUCACAAUCACUGUUAGUUAUUUUUGUUUUUCAAAAUAUGUUUACAUUGCUGGACAUCUCCAGCCAUGCAUCCUUUAACUGUGUCACCACCAGGAGAGGGCCGGAGUUCCUUUUGUGUGGGUUGAAAAUUUGUACUAUUAAGAAGUCUGCUGCUGUUUUUGCGCCAACUACUUAAUCUGUGAUAGAGUAGUCUUCAAAAUCCUUGUGGAUAACAGAAGAAAAUACCCAGAAUAUAAUUUGCUGUCCUUUUUUCCCCAGCUCCAUUAGCAAAACUUGCAGCGACUUGUUAAUUUUCUUGAAGAUGGAUGAACUUUUUUAAGUUAAAGACUAUGGCAUGCUUUCAAGUAUCCAUAUGGCAAAGUUAAUUUAAUACAGGAGCACAGGCUUGAUUAAACUACAAGUUCCAGGUUCUAUUGAAAAUCGCAUUUUCAGUAUUUGUGUUUCUUGAAAAAGAACAUUUUCAAAUGUUAAGCAGAAUAUUUUUGUUGUUUUUUUUAUUGGCAGAAUAUUUCUAAGUUAUAAAAAUAUGUUUAACAUUGGAUGUGACCUAUUUGCAAAAAUAAAACUAUCAAUUAACUAACAUUCAGCUACAAAAUGGAAAAAAAAAAAAACAUGCAAUGUUUAAAACGAUGUUUAUGUCAAUGUAUUUGUGUGCCACAUAGUUCAGCUUUUCAUGCGAGUAGAUAAAUUACCCAAGAGUUUCAUCUUUUAAAACACUCUAAAUUUUGAAUCUUUCCUGCUCAUUCUGAUUGGAUUGAUAUUUGAAACCAUGGAGUAAUUUAGAAUGUUCGAAACUACCUUGUUAAGAAUCCUACAUAAUUUGUAGGUAACCCUACAAAUUAUGUUGUUCACCAUAGCGACAAUAUAACGACGCUUGAAUUCCGUUAUGACUUUUGUUUUUGUCCGACUUCCUAACUAUUAGGACUCCGUUUGAGCUAUUUUCUUGAUGCUCCCCCUUUUUUAGGCUUAGGAACGUUUUUUUUUAUUUUACAGAAAUACAACAUUUUGUUCCUCCUGAAUUUCAAAACCACGGUCUUCUCAAAACUCCCCGACUUAAUUCAUUUAAUUUAACACAGGCUGUUUCCAUGACGACUUCUGGUCCUUGCCGUUCUCUGAGGACACCGCGCUGCCGAAGACGGGUGAAUCCGUAUUGAAAGUGCAGCUUCUUCCGCAGCGCUGUUUCAACCAUGGCACCCACUAGGUUGCCAGCUACUAAGCCUCCAGUCACAUCCCGAAGCAAGACUCACCGAACAGAGGUGAAGAUGUCUGUAGUGAACAUACGUGGCCCUUUCUCCACUGAACUUUUAAGUCGAAAUCAACAGAUCAGCCCAUCCCACAGUUUCUCAGAAAAUAAACUACAGCCAGAAAAGAGAUCUAUCAAAGUCAGCAGGCGAUUUGACGAACUGCAAACAUCCAGAACCACAACGGUGCCAGACUUCAACAGCAUUCCCAGAACUCCUUCAUCCACAUGGAUUCGCUGCGCAGAAAGGCCGUCUUCCGCUGCUCUGAAGAACUGUCUGAUCAUCUCAUCUGUGCAGCUUCACUCAAAGAAAAAAGCAGAUAUCCAUUAAAGCUUUUCUCUAUCAGUCA